ACUUCACUUCCCAUGAUUCCCUGCUGUCGUGGGCGAAGGAAGCGAAACCGAUCAAGAGGUGCUAGGUGGCUUUACUUGAUUAAAUCUUGAUUUUAUCAAAUUAAUAUCGGCUUUUAUUUAUUUGUAAAAUAUCUCAGUGAUUAGACAGCUUUUUGUUAUCCAAAGUACGCGUAUAUCUUGGACGAACUGUUGUUGCCAAGCAGGAAUCAUCUAGAAUAAGUGAAGACAUCAAGUGAAUGCCAGACUGCGAAAGAGAAACAAUGAUGGUGUUUGAGCUGCCAACCCACUAAGUUCCCCGAGAGAAGACAUCUGAUGAAAACUUACUGCAGCGUUACAGAUUCCGGCAUGGAAGAGAAGGCAAAUGGCUCUGUUGACACCAAAAGCCCAGUGGAGAACGGUCAGCUGCCGGACCCUGCCAACUGGGGGGUCGCCGAUGUCGUCAAUUACUUCAAAGCAACGGGGUUCGAGGAGCAAGCCACGGCUUUCCAGGAUCAGGAAAUCGAUGGCAAGUCCCUGCUCCUGAUGACGCGUAACGAUGUCCUGACGGGGUUGUCGAUAAAGCUCGGCCCUGCACUGAAAAUCUAUGAGUAUCACGUGAAGCCGCUGCAAACUCAACACCUGAAGACCAACCCCUCGUAGCGCCGCAGACCAUGUCAUCAUCCACCUCAGUGACAAUCAUCGUGUCAGGAGACCCCAGGUUAGCUGCCACUUCACAAAGACUCCUCUCGCCACAGUGGCACCUUAACAGGAUUUGAAUGCUGUAUGUUUUUAUAAGCAUGGACCCCAAAAAUGGGUUGCACAUGGAGUCCACUCAGCUGUUUACCCUUUCAGCCAUUCUUAUUUCUGCUGCUUGAGAUGUAUUUUAUUUAUUUUUUGUGUGUGUGUUUUAUUUAAAAGAAGAUAACUUGGAGAGAAUACUCUGCAGGUAUGAUUUGUGUGUGUGUGUGUGUGUGUGUGUGUGUGUGUACGUACAUGUGUGUUUGUGUGCAAAGUGAAUUAACCUAUGUUAGUUUAAAAAAGGUAUUUGUAUAUAAGAUGCUAUAUGGUUGAAAACUGUACGUUCUGUAGUACCUGAACACUUUGAUACGUGCAGGAAAUUAUUCUGAUGCAUCCCAUUUUGCCCUGAAAUCAGUUUUUAUGCUCUAAACUGCGCAGCUGAGUCCACGAGUCGUCCUUAGCAUGUAACAAUGAAGCAUUUUGUUUUCCCAAACACACAGUCAACCGAAAGUCUCUUUGUACCUGCACACCCACAUUAUCUAGGCUCGAGGCUCUUGAUAGGAAAAUAUUUGUGUAUAUAUUCUUACUAUGUUCUUACCUGUGGUGCUUUCAGCAUUGUCGCAAAGACAACUGUAUUGAAAUGUGUAUGACCAAUGUAUAUGUGCAACAUAACACUGGAGUUUGAAUAUCUGAAUCAAAGAUUUGCAAUAAAUGGUGCUCUUUUCUCACCAAAGAACAA